GCAUCGAAUCCUUAUCGUUUUCUGUUUUUGUUUUGCCCAUUUUUUCGCUGGCGAUUUAUGCCAUCACAUCUGGCGCUGCUGUCGUGCCUGCUGGUACUGCUCCUCUCUUUCGACAAGUUCCUCUUCCACUACCUGAAGCGCCGCUGGUUCUCCGGCGGCAGCGGCGCCACCGUCCCAAGGCCCCCCGCCAAAUCGAGGCGGAACAUGGCGGCCGCCAAGUGGAGCGAGACGGCCAUGCUCGUUAUCGACAUGCAGAAGGACUUCGUGGACCCGGCGAUGCGCAGCCCGAUGCUGGUGGCCGGUGGCGAGGCCGUCGUCCCUGCCGUUGCCGGGGCCGUCGCCGUCGCAAGGGAGCGCGGCAUUUUCGUCGUCUGGGUUGUCAGAGAGCAUGACCCUUCUGGAAGAGAUGUUGAACUUUUCCGUAGGCACCAUUAUUCUGGGGGAAAGGGUCCAACAGUGAAAGGUCUGAAAGGAGCGGAGCUGGCUGAUGGGCUUGUUAUCAAAGAAGGGGAGUACAAGUUGGUGAAGACUAGAUUUAGUGCUUUCUUCGCAACACAUCUUGAUUCUGUCCUGAAAACUGCAGGAAUAAAGAACUUGGUUAUUGUUGGAGUUCAGACACCAAAUUGCAUUCGGCAGACUGUGUUCGAUGCUAUAGCACUGGACUAUGAGAAAGUUACGGUUCUAAUUGAUGCAACAGCUGCUGCAAGACCAGAAAUCCAUUUGUCCAAUAUCAGGGAUAUGAAGAACAUCGGAGUGGACACGCCAACCCUGGAAGAAUGGCGCCGCUAGGGUUACUCUGUCUCUUGGCAGCACCAGCAAACGGAGAUGACCUGUUGUAUGAGAUGCAUGCAGCACCUCCCUGCAUCUACUUCUUUGCUUCUAAUCUGCGUCUGACUGCGCGUACGUUGUUGUAUUGUUAUACCCAGUGCGGUAGAACAAUUGCAGAUGGUGGUAUAUGGUAUAUGCAAACUUGUAAUCCCUCAUAUGUAGAGUUCAGUUCA